AUGGCAAUGAUGAACUCAACCGCGAUGAUGUCCAACGCGGUACACCUAGAAGACGCAUCGCGAUCGCCGUCGCUGCCGUCGUCGUCGCCGCUUUGCGACCUCCUCGCUGCCGACUCUGUUCAGGAUGUUCUUGUGUAUCUCUCGGCCGAAUCUAUUGCGGAGAACCCCGAUGCUCGCCUGCGCACAUUUAGCGAUAUCGUCACGCACAUCAGCGCGCGUUACACGGGCGACUUCAGCUCCUCGAAAGCAAACUCGUUUGACUUGGCAACGCCGCCAUCCAGCCAAGAAAGUGCGCCACCGCUGGAGGCGAGUCGAUGGAAAUGGGCAGACGCACUCAUGCGCGGUGUCACCGACCCGUGGUCCCGCAUCCGCGCCAUUUGCCUGUCGCCCAUGGCCGACCUGCUGCUUUCGGAAGUUCGCGAGGUGCUCGCGCUGCAAAGGCUGGCUGGAGGAGAUAGUGAACAAACCCUCGCCACGCUGCCGGAGCGCAGCAGCCGCCUUUCAUACUCCGCCCCUGGGCCGUCCAGACGACACAGCACAGACCGAUCUGAAACGGACAAGAAGACAGGCGAGGCGGUGAAGGGGGGAGGUCGCUCGCUGGGGGAUGGAAAAUUGCACGCGUCACCGCCUACACCACUUCGAAAGCUCAACGUGUCGGCCCCAUUAGACUACCUCUGGACCUACUGGGAGCGCACAACGCGCUGGUACGAGCAUGACGGGAUUGUGCGGUUGCUGGUGAAGGUGUACGGGCGCAGUCGCACCGUGCCCGGGGCUGCCCUUCGCGCAGACGAGGCUGGUAUCCGCACAUUGCUCUUCAAAGUCCUCUUCCCCGCCUUUCGUGACCCGCAGCUGCCGGUGCGCGAGUCUGCCGCCGCCCUCCUCGGCGUUCUCGUCGACCGUGAGCGCACCUUGCCGAUUCCGUCCGCCAUCACGUCCUUCAUUGUCGAACACAUCAUCGACACGCUGGCGCAGGUGCCCAUUCCUGUUCGUAGCCGCUCCCCGCUCACCUCUUCCGAUCAGGAAAGCACGCGUGUCUUGGAGGGCAACCUGCUCGCCGUUGUGGUGCUUGUGGACAUGAAUGUAAUCCAGGUGGCCUCCUCGAGUGUGAUGCCGCUACUAUUGCAGCUAGCCAGCUAUCCGGCGUCCAGCGUGCGCCAGUACAUCGCGCAGAUCCUGCGCCCGCCGUCGCCUCCGGUGUUUGUGUACUUGAUGCAGUGCUUGUGCGAGCAGGACGGCCAACAGACACACCGCAGCGAGACAGAAGACAGCGACGAUGCUCCAGACGCGGCUGACGAUGACGACGACGGCGAGCACAACUGGCAGCGCCAGGAGACGGUCAUGAUGGCGUUGCAGCAGCACUUCUUGAGCCUCGCAUCCACGCGGGCUACGGCGCGUGAUUGGCUCCACGCCAGCACGUGUUCCAACAACGUACUAGAGUUGCUGCGCCGCGCCACGCCACUGGCGGUGGUCUUUCACGCAAUGCAGUCGCCGCGAUUUGAGGUGGCUCGCAUGGGCAGCCAACUCUUCCCUCUUCUUCUGCAAACCUGUAUUCGCUUCUUAGCCCCGGCGGACCUGCCUCGCAUCUGCGAAGCGUGUUGCGGGGCGGAGGGGUGCAUGCAAGACGAGCUCAAUCGAUUGCAGGCGCAGGGCGACCUAGCAGCGUUCGCGAAGACGCAACUGUCCAUUGCCACUGUUGCCAUGCCUGCACUGUGGUUCUACCUGACAAUUCGGCGCAUUGAGGCAGAAGUGACGGGCCGGUCGCGGGCUGGCAUCGAAAAGGUAAUCCGCCCGUACGCGACGUACGAGUGCGUUACUUUUGCCUCUCAAGCACAUUUAAGGGAGGACGCAGGCAACGGCAACGACGCCCCCGCUUCCUGCGCGCUGCUCGUGCUGGCGGCCUACUGUGCCUGCGUCAUGGAUCCGGCGGAGUGGCACCGCUGCGUGGAGGAGGUGCUGAAGCCGAGUUGGUGGGUAGAGCUGCUGUCGAACCCAGUGCGCCGUGAACAGGUGCGGUUGGGCCCCGACUUUGUGCGUGCGGUGCACCACUGCGGCACCCCAGCGCAGUCGCAGCGCAUUGUGGAGCUGAUCCCCACGCUGACCGCGGCACUCGCCAACGCCCAGACGCAUCAGCAGUGUCUGAUCAUUGCCAUGAUCCGCGGGGCGGUGGUGGGGCACGCCGGCGCUGCCGCGGCGACGGAGGAGCGAGCGAUGGCGUACGUCUACCACGACGUCUACGCCGCGCCGGCCUUGACGGAGGGUGGGGAGGCGGCGCCGCUGGGCCACACGUGGCUGAAGCUCUUCGUCCCCACACACGACGCCAUCCCGACCGCAGUGCUGUGGGGGCCGUUGGAGGGGGAUGGGGGCAACAGGGACACGAGAAUUGUUAUCCGUCGCGACUCGGACGUUUUUCGUGCCCUGGACGAGGUGUGCUUCAAGGAGCUCUUUCAGUCGACCAAAACGGAGUUGUCGGUGCUGCGCGAGCUGCACUCGCUCAUGAUAAGCCUGACGCGUCUCGACGUGCACGCGCGCUACGACGGUAACGGUAAAGAGAGCGACGACCAACACGGCGUCGGCAGUGACGUGGACUGGUGCGUGCUGGCGCUGGAGAGCGUGUUCGGGCGGCUUGACAAAGUGUGCCCGCGAUGGCGCGAGAGGGCGAGUGAUGACGCAGCGGCAAAGAAGGCACCUGCAGAGGAAGAGGUGGUGGUGGCAGAAAGUGAUGAAAUUUGUUGGGACGACUGGGAUGACGACGAGGAUGACGACGACGGUUGUGCGCAGGGCAUCUACGAAGCCGAAGCCAUCAAGUCAGCCGUCUUGAUUGUGUCCACGCUGCGCGAGUUGGCUGCUACAAACUCGCACGACGGCAGCAAAACGAAUGUGGCAGAUGAGCGCUUCCGCAGCGAGCUGGCGGCGCUCAACAUCAAGUGA